AUGUGCUCAAUAGACGAGGACAUCUACCUCAUGAGGUGUCCCCUCAUCUGUUUUUAUGCUGUUGAGUACCACUUGCCCCACAGAGUUGCUCGACAGUUCGGAUUGCGCCAGGAGUUUCCGGUGGAGCCAUUCUCGACUUCAAUAGAACUUCAUAAGUUCGACAGACAGAGACAGAAGAAGGUCACGGACUUCGAGACGCACCAUCGUGAUUACAUUGAUGAAUGGAACCAGCAGGGGGAUCUGAACUAUGAGAAUGACCAGGCGCACACAAACUACAACUUCCGGAGGUAUUUGAUUUGGUAUUCUGGUGUGACUAGGUGCAAGUUGAAGGGACAGUGGACAGCAGCAGACUACGCCGAGCAAGAAUCGUCAGACGACGAAGACACAGCUUUCGACAUAGCUGCUCGGCACGGAUCCCAAAUUGAGGCUGCUCCAAUCCUUGAUAGAGUGGUAACUAUUUCUUUAAUAAAAUUAUAG